AUGAGGGCGAUUAGCAUCACAAAUCGUGUAUCAAUCGAUUCUGGUUGUACAACAUCUAGUUCUGAUCCAUUGGUCUAUCGUGUUGCAACAACAGCUGACUGUGACUUAUUAGUUACGUUAAUAAACAGUAGUUAUCGUGGUGAGUUAGCGUAUCAAGGUUGGACUAACGAAAAUGAGAUAGCUUAUGGACCAAGAACAACUACACAAGCGGUAUUAAAUAAGAUUGUCGAUGAUAAAUACGUCGUUUUAGUAUUUUUCGGUAAAAGUGAUCAUAUUCUGAAAGGAUGUAUUUAUUUGGAACACAAACCAGAAUCUAAAACUGCAUGGUUAAGUACUUUUGCUGUGCGUCCAGAUUUCCAAAGGCAAGGUUAUGGAAAAUUAAUUUUAUCUGUGGCUGAGAAUUAUGCUGUGAAUAACUGGAACGUUGAAUAUAUUGAAUUAAAUGUUAUGAUUCAAAGAUCUGAAUUAGUGGCAUUUUACAAUCGUCGUGGUUAUAUUGACACUGGCCAUCAUCAGACAUUUUCAUUAGAACAAUUGAAAUCUGGCGGAGCAUUACGAUACGAUUUGGAACGGUGUACUAUGCGCAAGUGCGUGAAAAAUAAUGAAAAUAAAACAAGCUGA